GCCUGAAUUGGCCGCUCGCCCAAGGGGUGGGUGACGUCGGCGCACUGUUUUCAGCGGCGACGACGACCGGCUCCGUAUGAAGGAUGCGUGCGAUCCAGGCCAACCUGCGAGCUUCUCUAUCAAUCUCAAUCGCACAAUCAAUCUCAAACCCUUCAUCUUAUCAGCCAGUCGUCGCCAUCCCACCCAUCAACAACACAUAGGCACCCCACAUUGACGCCGGCAUCAUGGCCGACGAAGGCACACUACUCCCGCCGACGAGCCUGCUCGAGAGCGUCGUGGCGAGCGUGACGAGCAGCGCGCUCGAGGCGAUCGCGACAGCGAUUGAGAGCCCACCGUCGCCGAGCACAGGCAGCGGCACAAGCGACGAAGACGUCCCAGAGGGCAACUACGUGAUCAACACGCUCAUCGGCCUCGUCAUCGUCCUCGGCGCGUCAGUGCUCAACGCGCUCGGCCUCAACCUCACCAAGCUCGACCACCUGCAGCAGCAGGGCAUCCCGAAGCGGCAGCGCAAGAAGGAGUACCUGCGCGGGCUGUGGCUGGCCGGCAUGGGCAUCUACGUCGCAUCGCAGAUAUUCGGAUCACCCCUCGCGCUGCGCUACCUCCGCCCGGACUGGGUCGCGCCGCUGGGUGCCAGCUCGCUCGUGUUCAACUUUCUGUUUGCGCGCUGGAUGGUCGGGACGCCUGACAAGGCAGCCGUGACGACGUCGGAUAUCCGGGGCACGGCGCUGAUCGUGUUUGGCGUCAUUCUGAUCGUGGUCUUUUCGAGCAUCAACCACGGGCUGAAGCAAGAGCUGAGCGUCAGCGAACUCAACACGCUCUGGGGUCGCGGGAGCUGGAUCGCAUACUUCAUCUUCCUCAUCCUCUUCAUCUUCGGGACGUACGUCGUCGCCGACCUCUUUGGCAGAGUGACGCGCUCGCGCGCGUCCUUCUCCCCGCUGCCGAGCCCGACGCUCGGCCUCGGCGCAGGGCUGCCCGGUUCGCGGCCGACGCCGCCGUCCAACCCGAUCGUGCGGGCGUUCCGCGGCGCCAAGGCAAAGUGGCGCGUGUGGGACAACUUCUGGCUCGGCCACCUCGAGCGAUUCUUGGCAAGGACGGACGACGGCCGCGUGCUCUGGUUCGAGGGCAUCGGGUGGGCGGUCGCCGGCGGCUCGUUGGCUGGACUGUGUCUCGUGUUCACCAAAGCCGUCGUCAAGAUCUUUUGGAGACCAGGCCACCCGCUGGUUCACUUCACGCCGCUCCUCACGCUCGUGCUGCUCACCAUCACGGCUGUGCUGCAGAUCAUCUGCCUCAAUAAGGCGCUCCAGUGCGCCGACACGGUCGUGGUCGUCCCGCUGUUCUACGCCGGGUACACGGUCUUCGGGUUCAUCAACUCGCUCAUCUUCUACAACCAGUCGGGGCAGUACGCACGCUGGGUGCUGGUGGCCGUGUUCUUGUCCAUGGGCGUGUUGAUUGGCGGAGUUGUCUUACUCUCCACCAAGGAAACGUCGGAAGACGCCGGCCACACGGUCACGACGUCGCCGCCCGAGCCCAACCUGCGCCUCCGUCCGCGCGACCACACCUCAGCCGACGGAACGAGCUCGUCCGUGCUCCCCAAGGAGGGGCAGGAGGCGGAGGCCACGCCAGCCCCGGCCGAAGAGGUGCUGUGGGAGGUCGGCAGUGUCAGCGAGGACGGCGGCGACGACGACGAGCACGAGCAGAAGGGCGUCGGCGGCACCAAGGGAAGUAAGGGUGAGCGCGGCGGCCUGCUGCUCGACGAAGACGACGACGACGACUAUGGCCACGCGCACCGCCCAUCGACAACCACGCUGCCCGAGGACGAUAGAGACGAGGAGGACGAGACCGAGCAGUUUGGCGCGUUCGUCACGCCCAACAGCAACAGUAGAUUGCCUUGAUAACCACCUAGAUGCUAUAAUGUGUACACUGGUA